UGGUAAAACCCCAAAUAAAACCUUCCGCCGCCGCACGGCUCCGUUCCGCCAACUUCAUUCCGUUUUAUUUCGCGGCCACCGUUUUCAAGAGUAAUCUCAGAGAGAGAGAGUGAAUCCGCGGUGUCUGGCUAUUUGAACGAACUGAUAUGUUGGAUUGCUAAGAUAAGAGAGCAGAAGAACAAGAAUGGUGUUAUCAAACAAGAAGCUGAAGGAGAAGCUACGAGCUGCUAAAGCCACAGUAAUCACAAUCUCGGGAGGUAAGAAUAAGUUAGCAGACAAAAGUCAUGAGAAAUCCCAGGCUAUUUCUUCUAAAGCCUCGGAUUCCUUGAGGGUUAUCCAGAAUCUAGAGGCACAAAAGUCCAAAUCAUCCAAAAGAGAAAGACCUAAAAGAGUAAAACCAAAGAAAAAGGCACUUUCUGAGAAUGCAAACAUUACUAAAAAUGGAGGAACAAGUGGUGAUGUGGUGCUAAAGCAACAAGAUGGGCUGAAUUCAGAUACUAAGCAGGAGAAGAAGUUGAAGAAAAGGAAGAAUGAUGAAAGUGGGGCAUCAGAGAACGUAAAGAAGAAAAGAAAGAAGAGAGAUGAAAGUGAGACAUCAGAGAAUGUAGAGAAGAAGCAGAAAGAUGAAAGUGAGGCUUCAGUUAAAGUGAAGAAGAAAAGCAACAAGAAGAAGAAGAGGCCGCGACAGUGGUGGAUGAUAAAGAAGAGAAAGAAUGACGAUAAAAAAAAUGAGGCGGAAGAUGGGGCAGUCAAGGAAGGAGUUAACCACAAUGAAAAUGGAUCUACUACGGAGCAACUUGUGGCAAAUGCUGAUGUGAGCAUUGAUAAUGAUAGAAUUUAUUUAGAGAGUUCUCAAAAAGUGUACGUUGGAGGCAUCCCAUACUACUCCAAUGAGGAUGAUAUUAGAAGUUACUUUGAAGGUUGUGGAACCAUUACUUUCAUUGAUUGUAUGACAUUUCCAGACACUGGGAAGUUCCGAGGAAUAGCAUUUAUCACUUUCAAGACCGAAGCUGCAGCGAAAAGGGCAUUGGCACUUGAUGGUUCCGACAUGGGUGGUUUUUUCCUUAAAAUCCAGCCUUUCAAGUCAGCUAAAGAAAACAAGUUGCCCAAUUUUGCACCAUCUGUCGAGGAGGGCUACAAUAGGAUAUAUGUGGGUAAUCUGGCAUGGGAUAUAACCGAGGAUGAUUUGAAGAAUACUCUUGCUGGCUGCGCAAUUAAAUCUAUUCGGUUUGGUGAAGAUAAAGAGACGGGGGAGUUCAAGGGAUAUGCCCAUGUCGAUUUCGAUGACAGCCUCUCUCUAAAAACAGCUUUGAACUUGGAUCAAACCGUAGUCUGUGGGAGGCCUAUUAAAAUAAGCUGUGCCGUGAAGAAAGGUACUGCUUUUGAGUCGAAACCAAUUCGAAAAGAUAAUCAAGUCGAGAAUGGCAAGGGGGCCGCUGCUGCCAGUUUGAAGGCUCCACCUAAAGACUAUCAAGUCAAUGCGGUAGCUGCUGCUGCCAGUUUAAAGGUGCCACCAGAAGACUAUCAAGUCGACCAUUAUAAUACUAGCAGUGUCGCAACUGAUGUUAGUUCAAAGAUACGGAGGCGAACAUGUUAUGAAUGUGGAGAAAAGGGCCAUCUUUCAUCAGCUUGCCCAAAGAUACAAGCCGCUGCUCCUACAAAUCCAGGUACACAACCGCUGUUACCUGCUGCUGCCAGUUCAAAGGUGCCACAAGAAGACUAUCAAGUCGACUAUUAUAAUACUAGUAGUGCCACAACUGAUGUUAGUUCAAAGAUACGGAGGCGAACAUGUUACGAAUGUGGAGAAAAAGGCCAUCUUUCAUCAGCUUGCCCGAAGAUACAAGCUGCUGCUCCUACAAAUCCAGGUACACAACCGGUGUUACCUGCUGCUGCCAGUUUAAAGGUGCCACAAGAAGACUAUCAAGUCAACUAUUAUAAUACUAGUGUAGAAGCUGAAAAGCAAGUUACAAGCAGUGUCACAGCUGAUGUUAGUUCAAAGAUUCGGAGGCGAACAUGUUACGAAUGUGGAGAAAAAGGGCACCUUUCAUCAGCUUGCCCGAAGAUACAAGCUGCAACUCCUACAAAUCCAGGUACACAACUGCUGGUACCUACUGCUGCUGCUGCCAGUUUAAAGGUCCCACAAGAAAACUAUCAAGUCAACCAUUAUAAUGCUAGUGUAGAAGUUGAAAAGCAAGUUCCUAGCAGUGUCUCGGCUGCUAUGAGUUCAAAGAUACGGAGGCGAACAUGUUACGAAUGUGGACAAAAGGGCCAUCUUUCAUCAGAUUGCCCUAAGGUACAAGCUGCUGCUACUACAACUCCAGAAAAAAGAUAGAGAAAGAGAGGAGGCUUUUUAAUUUAUACAUUUGAAUAUUGAGAAAGAAUUGACAAUGAGAGUGAAGCUUGUGCUUCUUUCAUUUUUGCUCCCAUUUUUCCCAUUGUACUUCUAGCUUUCAUGCAAAAUUGUUGUUAUAUUAUGUAGUUAUUCUAUCAACAAAAAAACAUGACAUAAGAUUAGAAAUUCACUUUGAUUUUCUGUCUAA